UCACCUUGUGAUUUUGGGACCAUAAGCUGUGGAUGAAAUAAAGUGCUAUCUUCUCUCUCUGUUUCUCUCUUAAAAAAAAAACUGUUUCUCUCUUAAAAAAGACCAUACCCGCUGAAACUCUUUAACGGUCUCCAAGUUCACCAUGGAACUCUUCUUUCUUCCUUACCACCAUCACAACCCAACUCUGCUUCACAAGCCUUUCUUCUCUGCACCCAUUACAAGCAAGAGGCUCCCCAAGAGGAAUUCACAGGUCUUACCAUGUCAAUGCUCAUCUUCUUCUUCCUCAUCAGAUGAUGAUACAAAACCAACCCACCAAUCAUUACACUCUGAGGGAAGGAGGGCUUUGAUUGGCUCUCUCUUAAUAUCAGCUGCUGGCAUUUAUGUGUGUGAUGUGGCUGAGGCUGUCAGUACAAGUAGGAGAGCUCUAAGAGGAGCAAAAAUACCUGAGGAAGAAUUUACAACCCUUCCUAAUGGUCUAAAGUACUAUGACUUGAAGGUUGGGAAUGGAACUGAGGCAGUGACAGGAUCCCGGGUUGCAGUUCAUUAUGUUGCAAAGUGGAAGGGUAUCACUUUCAUGACAAGUAGACAAGGACUUGGUGUUGGCGGAGGAACGCCAUACGGAUUUGAUGUAGGCCAAUCUGAGAAGGGAUCAGUCCUCAAGGGGUUAGAUAUUGGUGUAAAAGGCAUGCGGGUAGGAGGCCAGCGAUUGCUCAUAGUUCCUCCUGAGCUGGCAUAUGGAAGCAAAGGAGUCCAAGAAAUCCCUCCAAAUGCAACAAUAGAGUUGGACGUUGAAUUACUGGCCAUCAAACAAAGCCCAUUUGGGUCUCCUGUAAAAAUUGUUGAAGGUUAAUUUUAUGCUCUUUGUCCUGCUUGUCAGUUAGUUUGGUUACUGUAAAUGAGGAGAGUGAAGCUCAAAGUCAUGGCAAGCAAGGAUGUUCAUCUUUGCUGGUUUAUUCUUCAUUAGUCCAUAAAGAUGCAGACCAUAAAGCUGUGUUUGUGUUCUGAGACUAUAACAAUUGUACCCGCAUAGAAUGAUGCUCAUUCCCAUUGUUGCAACUUCUAUGCAGAACCUCAGAAACUUCUUUACACCUACUGUAUUGUACAUUUCCUCUUUUUAAAAUAAUGCUCAUUCCUAUUGUUGCAACUUC